AUGGAGCGUGUUGUGAAUCCUGGACCGACUGAUCGUACACUUCUUCUCUCUCAGUAUGAGCAUAAAUCAGAAUUGUUAAGGAAAGGUGAGAUAUCAUUUAGUUGCCUUAUGAGGACGGUGUGCAUGAAUGAUGCUUGGAAUUUAUUUCGUUUGCAUCGACCUCAUAGACGUGUUGCGGAGAUCUUACGUAGGUCAGGACUGUAUGAUGUAGUUUGUGUGGGUAGGAUGCAGUAUGACUGUGCCCUUGUUACAACUAUGGUUGAGCGUUGGAGGCCAGAGACUCAUUGCUUCCACUUACCUUUUGGUGAGGUCACGAUUACAUUACAGGAUGUUCAGGUCUUGUUUGGUUUACGCAUCGAUGGUGAUGAUGUGUACAUGCAGGAUGUUGCACGGAGGAUUCGUCCAUGGCGUACUUUAUUAGAGACACUCACAGGAUGCGCCAUAGCACCUGCUGAUAUGGAUGGUGCGAGCCAGGUGAGGAUACAUAGCAUUACCGGCUACUUGCGAGAUCGGUUGCAAGUAGAUCUGAUAGGAGAUGCUACUCCAGUGGAGCGAGUUGAGAAAAUUUCUAGACUUUACAUGCUUGUUAUAUUGGGGGGCAUCUUAUUUUCGAACGCAUCGGGGAACCUUAUUAGCUUACAAUACUUGGCGUUUCUAGAUCCCAUCUACGACGUAGGUAAGUAUAGUUGGGGCAAUGCAGUGUUGGCCUACUUGUACCGUGCACUUUGUCGGGCAUCUAUCGGUAAUGCGAUUGACAUUUGCGGAUUUAUUCCUCUCCUUCAGGUUUGGUAUUGGGAGAGGACCUUGCCUGUACAAUCAUCAGCUCCUCCGCCGUAUGAUGGGGACGUAUUACUUCCAUAUGCUAGGCGAUGGACGCGUGGAAUUAAUAGGGAUACUGAGUCACAUCAUGUUCUUAUCCUGAUUAGAGAUCAGCUAGACCGCAUGACGAAGGAUCAGUUUCGAUGGACACCGUAUAGUGAGAUUUUACAUACACUGCCUCGUUGUUGUACGGUCGAUGAGCCUUUAUGGAUGGCAUGCGUGCCUAUGCUUUGUCUAGAGAUUGUUAAGGUGCACGCACCUGAUAGAGUGAGGCGUCAAUUUGGUUGUCCCAAACAUGUACCUGCGAUUCCUAGUUGGGGAACCAACCACCAUGUGCAUGAUCAGCGUAGAAGGCUUGGAUCGGAGGUUCUUGAAAUGUUGGAUAAAUAUUUUCGUGAUUGGGGUAAUCGACAUCAGAGUUUAGCGGUUGAGGUAGAUGAUGGUACUAGCGGGGAAGGCAUUGCGAUGUCUAGAGGACUAUUUAAGUUACACAGACUUGCAUUACAGUGGCAGAGAGACACAGCGUUAGCUUCACAUGGUGAAGCGGUAUCUCAGAUUGUUAGGGAUACAUUGCUUGAGGCCGGAAUACAAUUUAUAGAGCCAGUUUUUUAG